UUCGAUAUGGCGGCAGUUGAAAAUGGCUGCCAAAUUAAAAACUGUGAAAAUUACAUACGGAGAAUUGGAAAAUAUUGUUGAAAGGAAGUCUGAAAAUAAACCUAAUAGCCAUCAAAAGGACAAAAUUAACGAGAAAAAAAGAAAAACAAAGAGACCAGAAAUAGGAAUAUAUCGUCCACCAAGUCUUUCAAAGCAGAAAAAUCAAGUAGAGGAUGUAGACAGCUGCCAACAACAGCAACAUGAGCAAGGGGAAAACUGGGAGGAAGAAGAACACAGUUCUGCCACAAACAGUAAAGAUAACAGUAUUGAAAGAGAGAUUAAUGAUGCUACCUCUGGUAUUAAAGAUAUCAAUGUGAAUGAAAAACAUGAUUUAUCUAAAUCAAGAAGAAAAAGACCAGAAAUCCAGAGAUAUGUACCUAAAGGGAAGAUACUGGAAAUGCAACAGAAUAAAAAUGAAGAUACAGAAUCAUCGGGCGAUGUAACACCCUUGUUUAUUGAUGAAGGAUCUGAUACAAACGAUAAAAAAUUUGACUUAAAAUCGGAUGAUAUCAAGAACAUUAAAGUAACUGUUUCAAAGGAUGGCGAUUCCAAACAAGUAUCUAGAUCAAGAUCAAAUACGGGAGAGGCACAGAGCGUAGAAGACAUGCCAUCAACCUCAAGGUCAAAAUCUGAUGCACAAGGUACAGAAAAGUAUCAUAGGCAAUCUUUUCAAAAAGGACAGGGUGAUAAUGGCGAUUUUAAUGGCAGUAAAAGUGAUACCAGAAACCAAAAGUACAAUGUUAAGAAUGAAGGUUUCUCUACAAGUCCAAAACCUCAAAGAACUGAUAGAAGACGAGGCAAAUUUCAGCCCUCUAGAAAUAGUAACCAGCGUGUACCUGAUGAAGAUUUAUCUGAUGACGGGAAUGUCAUACAGACAAUGGUGUUUGAGAGACGUGACGAUAAUCAAUCAGAUUCAAAAUUAACCGUGGAAAAUUUAUCUCAGAAGCCACCAAAAGGUUAUGGAAAGCCAGGCUCAAAGAGAUACUCAACAAACAUGAGACGUCCUAGAGCAGGAAGUUUUAGUAGUGAUGUCAGUACUGCCAGUGAUCUCAGUAUUGAUGAAGAAACAACAGAAAGAAUCCUCUCCUGGGAUCGAGAAGUCGAAAUGGAAAUGGCAAAGCAAGUUCACAAUGAAACUCAGAAAUUAAAAGAGUAUUUAGAGAAACAAGAAGGUAACGUGGAUUGGGAUAAGGAAAACAAGCACAUGAACUGGAGUGAAAUGGUAGCUGAUAUGCCCAUAGAUGAUAUACAAGAUAUUCCUCCUGACUGGGAACACAUCAAACCAGCAGGAUCUCAUGAACUGCUGGAUAAAAUAUCUAGUAGGAAAGAAAAUGAAGACUUUGGACAGAACAAUUAUCAAAAUGCUGGUACAUUCCCUAGAAGGAAUAAGAGGAAUUCUGGUGAUCGAUAUAAAGGAAGCUCAAUGGAAGGCAGAAACGAGAACUGGAAUGCUGGCUCAUGGGACAGACGUUGGAACCACGAUAAUAAAAAUAGGCAAGAAAAUGAAGAUUAUUACAGGGGUUAUGGCAGAAGGGAAAGGAGACUAAGUAAUGGUUCAAAUGGCCACAGGAGACGGAGACAGUCAAGGGAAUCUAAUGGAAUGAGAAGUAGGGAUUCUAGUGUAUCAAGUGUACACAGUGUUAGAAGUAACCAUGGAGAUGAUGAUAUGUAUGGAUCUUAUAGAAGACAUAAAAGGCAAAAUAGUAAUUCUAGCUUACGUGGAGGUUCAAGUCGAGAAAGACUAAAUGAGACAGAAAGUUUGAAUAUCAAAGUGACGAUAGGAAGUGACAGGCGACAAGUUGUUGUUCCUGAAGGUGAUGGCAAGCAGCAAGGCAAAAAUGUUGGUAGAGGAAGAGGUAGAGGCAGGCGUCAGCAUGGCUUGGACAUGAGUCAAGGUCAGAGGGUUGGAAGCAGAGGGCCAAGUGAAGAACCAGAAAGCAUAGAUAUGCAUAGGAAAGACCAACCAAACAGAGGAGGACACAAUAAAGAGGAAUCUUCUCGCGGAAGGAAUGUUGGGAGAGGUAGAGGUGGUCGUAGUCGAAGCAAAGAAUCUGUAGAUUGGAAUAAAGAUCGUCAUGGUAACAAGGAACCUGGAGAUUGGAAUAGAGAUCGUCAUGGUAACAAGGAAACUGGAGAUUGGAAUAGAGAUCGUCAUGGUAACAAGGAAGCUGGAGAUUGGGGAAGAGACAGGUAUCAUGGUGACAGAAGAAAUGAUUACCAUAGUAACAGGGAAUCAAAUGGUAGAAGAGGUGAUUAUCAUGGGAACAGAGAUUUUGGUAGUAGGCAAGGUGGUAGAAGUCGCAACAACAGUGAAAGGGAAAAAGAUAACAAAAGUCCUCAGGUUGAAAAGACUUCUCCUCAAACUCACAGUGGGGGCUUAAUUAAAUUACCCUCAAAUGUUCACACAACGGAAGAGCACAAGAAGGAUGAAAAGUCUUCCCAUGUAGAAAAGGAGAAAGAAACACCACAAAAGUCCCACAACAGAGAUUCAGUACGUGACCCAAGGCCAAGUGCAGGACAGAAGCAAUUGUUUGAUCCAAAAAACCCUAACAAGCCUAUAGUUAUACAAGGUUCAUCAAAUUUGAAGUUCCAAGAACCAGGUUCAUCAAAUUUGAAGUUCCAAGACCCAGGUUCAUCAAAUCUGAAGUUCCAAGACCCAGCUGGUAUGGAAUCUCCUUCACCCCCAGCCUAUCCACAGAAUCCACCCUUUCAGGGAUAUGGCCCUCAGUAUUAUGGACCUCAGUUUCCAGAACAAGGAAUGUAUGGGCCACCUGGUCCACCUAUGCCACCUCAGAUGAUAUCACCACAUGGUUACUUCUAUGGCUAUCCUCCACCACAAUACUAUGAAAUGAUUAGAGGAAAACAAAGAGAAAUUAUGUUUGAUAAGAUGUUGAAUGAAUGUUUGGGACUGGAUAACCAGCUUGGUAACUUAGUAGCCAGAAGAUUAAAUGGUGAAAGCUUGUCAUUACUGGCUAAUCAAAGACAAGAACUGACGAAACGUUAUGAACAUUUGAUCCUGAUAGACAUAGACCUCUCUACAAGGCAUAAUGUAGAUCAGCUUCUGUGGAAAGCUGUAUUUUACCAAGUAAUUGAAGUUUUCAGAAAACACAUGAGUGAAGAAGAUGAUUCUAAGACCAGACUUACUCAAAUACUAGAUGAGGGAACAGCAUUUUAUGAAGGUUUAAUUCAGAAAUUGCAGCAAAACUACCGAUUCAAGUUGGAUGACUUCUUAGACACUCACAAUCUACCUCCUGAAAAUAUUCAUCGUUUUGUAAAGCUUGCCUUGCUUAGUAGUCAGAGGAAUAUGAUCUGUCUGGGUGAUAUAGCUCGAUACAGAGAACAGAUGAACGAUUCAGGAAAAGUCAAUUAUGGAAGGGCUAGAAAUUGGUACACUAAAGCCCAGUUGUUGGCACCAAAGAAUGGUAGACCAUACAAUCAACUGGCCAUAUUGGCCCUGUAUACAAGAAGAAAGUUGGAUGCUGUUUACUAUUACAUGAGAAGUUUAGCAGCUAGUAAUCCAUUCUUAACAGCUAGAGAAAGCCUGAUGUCUUUGUUUGAUGAAGCAAGGAAGAAGGCUGAAGCAGCUGAGAAGAAAAGAUCAGAUGAAAAGGAGAAACAUAAGAAUCCAAAACAACAACAACAACAACAUCAUAAACAUGGGGAAAGAAUAGAAAUCUGGAUAGGUUCUGAUGGGACAAGCUCUGAGGACCGUGGGCAGGAGGGUGAUGGAGAGGAUCUGGAGAAAAUGGAUGCUGUAGAGUUGAACAAAAGAUUCGUGUUGAGUUUCCUAAAUAUCCAUGGUAAAUUGUUUACCAAAAUUGGGAGAGAAAGUUUCCCUGAAUGUUGUGCCCAGAUGUUGAAGGAGUUCAGAGCCUUACUGAAGUACAAUGCUAUAGGACCAUCACGGUUGUUACAGCUGAUGGCUAUCAAUAUGUUUGCUAUUGACAACACAGCUCUUAAAGAUACUGCCCUCCAGUCAGGGUUUAGGUCCGAAUUACAGGAGCAAGCUGUAGAACUUGGACUGUAUAUGUUUGGUAUUUUGGUGGAGAGAUGUUCAGAACAACUCAGAAUCCAUCUUAAGUCAUCAGACUAUCCUACCAAAUUAUGUAAUGCAGAAUUAGAGGAACUGAUUCCUGGGGUCAAGAUCUGGACUGACUGGAUGAUUUGUAACUCUCAAUACUGGAAUCCUCCCCCUGCUACUCUGGAUCCAAGUCUAGGUGUACAAAUAGAUGUCUGGAGUGCUACUGCUGGGUUAUGUAAUAUUUUGAAGGAUAUUGAUAUUAAUCAUGUAAAACUAUACACAGAAAAGAAGGAAGGAUGUGAACCAGUGUUAUUAAUGGAAGAUUCUAUGUUAUCAGGAUUUGUUCCCCUGCUCAGUGCCCCAAUAGAAAUAUCAUUUGUACAUAAACUAGUUGACAAGGAAAUAGCUCAGGACUGUUUAAGAAUACAGAAGUUACAGUUAUUUGGUGAUUAUCUGUGUGGUAUAGAACCUCCAAUGUUAGCCUAUAAUGUGGAGACUAAGCAGUACUAUUCCAUAGCUUUAUCUGUGGAGGAAACUGAAGAACAAAAGAAACCUUCGUUAUCAGCUGAGGAGUGGUCUGAUGAUGGAGAUGUGAUAAUAGAGAGUGAAGAGGAGAUAAUCCAGGGUGGUGAAGAUGACCAUGUCAAAGAUCUUAAAGUGAAAAAACUGCAACUAAAACAGAUUAAACAAGAUCAAGAAAAACAUAAAGAAAAUAUACAGAAAAUAAUAGACAAGAAUCGCCACCACUGUAUAGAAGUAGAAAUACAUCCAAUAUUUCUGGUACCUGAUACCAACUGUUUUAUUGACCAUCUUCCAGGACUGAAGAAGCUGAUACUAUCAAAGAAGUUCACCAUUACUGUACCAUUAGUUGUGAUAAAUGAAUUGGAUGGCUUGGCCAAAGGCAGUAAAGAUGGACAAUACAGUACACAACAACAUGCAAACAGAGUUAGAAAAACAUCAGAGGACAGUGUGCAGUUUCUAGAGGCAGAAUUUGAGAAGAAAAAUUCUCACUUAAAAACUCAAACAUCAAAAGGAAACAUAUUAGAAACUAUAGCAUUUAGGAGUGAGGAAAGUGAAAAUGGAACAGGAAACAAUGAUGACAUAAUAUUGUCAUGCUGUUUACACUACUGUAAGGAUAAAGCCAGGGAGUUUAUGCCUAAAGAGAAAGAUGGUCCUGUAAGACUGUAUCGUGAUGUAGUCCUAUUAACAGAUGACAGAAAUCUAAGAUUGAAGGCACACACUCAUAAUGUUCCUGUCAAAGAUGUGCCAUCUUUCCUCCAUUGGAGCAAGGUCACCUGAUCAUGUAGUUAUCCAAUCACAAUGGUGCUGGUCAUUCUGCCCGGGAUAACUGGAUCACUGUAUAUCACUACAUCACAAGUGUAGUGGUAUGCAGGAUAAAUCACACCCAAUGAAGAAAAUAAUUCCUCGCAUUAUUUAGUCUGGUGUUUCAAAAAAAUAAAUUGAUUCCCUGCAAAUUUGCUGAGUGAAGAAAAUAGCUUAACCGUUUAGGAUUAUCUGUAACCGUUAUUUAUUGUUUCUCUACAUGGCAUAUUAAGGGCUUUGUACAAAGUCUGCCAUACCAAUUGGAGUGUUUUCAACAUGAAAUAUUCAACACAAGGAGUGGGAAUAUAUGUAAUGUUUUGAUAUAUUUAUUUGGUGUAGUUUUUGACCUUUUUGAACUGAUAUAGACAGUGAAUUAGUGACAUUUAAUUGACUUAUGAACUGUGAAUAUCACAUGAUUGUUUUAUGUACGUCUUAACCAAUCUAACACAAAGCUGUUUAAAUGGAUAGUAACCUGAAAAAGAAUUGUUUAAACAUUUGAUGAUGAUGGUCGAAAAAGGAAUCGCAGGAUUAAAAGAAUGGAAAGGAAUUCACAAAAAAAAACAACCUUUUAAUUGAAAUAGAUCACACCUGUAUCUACAGUGGUAAAGGAAAUUAGACUUAAUUGAUUGAAAAAUUGAUGAGUGAUUAUAUGUUAUGGAAUCCCAUGAACUUGGAUGUCAUAAGUCGGAUAGUGCACAAUUAACUUAAAUUGAAAACUUAAUAUGGAUGCUUAUUAAUAUGGUUAAUUAAACAGUGAUUGAAUCUUAACCUCAAUUUAUGAAGCUUUCAGGUUAUUAAUGCUUGAAGUAAUACCUCAAGAUUGCUUUUUCCAUAGAUAGCAGUUUUAUUUCACUUGUAAAUAUAAAAUGUUUUGCACAUCAGAUUGAAAAAAUUGAAUCAUAUUGUAAAUAGUAUAUCAGUUUUUAAUAAUGUUUACAUAUCAUUAAUUAUUGAUUUGUUAUAUCUAAUAUAUAUAUAUACAUGGAAUAAUUUUUUCUGAUUUAGUAAAUUAAAAAUGUAAAAUUUUCUUUUGAGAUUUCACUGUGUGUGAAUGUAAAGCAUUGUUGGAAUUUUUAUUGCCGGUACAGCAACAUAAAAAAAAAUUUACACCAUUGGUUUUAUAUUCAUUGUUAAAGAAGUUUUUAACCAAUCACAACAUACUGGUGUACCAUUUGAAAAUAUUACCCAGAAUGCAUUCGAUUCUGAAAUGGUGAAUUCCAAACUAUUUAUUUUUACAAUAAUCUAAAAAUCAACUGGUACAAAAUUAAAUACUGGUAUUUUAGAGGUAAUAAGUUCCUCAGUAAUACCAAUGAUAAGCAUUCAUAGAGGCCAACAAAAUAUGUGUACAGUAAUAAAUGGUUGAUAAAAAUACUUCAAUUCCAAAUCAAUUUUUUUUAUAUAAUACCUCUGCUAACCUGCAUAGUCCUUGCAUCAUGUUUUCCAUUAUUUUAGGCAGUUUUUUAGCACAAUAUUUAUAAUUUUGCAAUGAAGCAAGUAGCUUCGAGUUGAAAGGUGUUAUGCCUUUUCAUGGCUUUGACUCACAUAAUUCCUGGUUAACGGUAUAUGCUGGAUUUAAUUAACUGUAGAGCCCUGUUUUUGUUCUCUCAUUUGUCCAGAAAUAUAAAUACAUACGAGCUUUGGUUAAUAUUUCACUGUUUGUGGUUUGAAAUUUACAUGACAGAUUUCUCAGUAAUUAUACAUGAUGAUUUGUAAUUUUGAGUGUAGAAAUAGCAGUAAGUUAUGGUAUAAUGCAUCUACGUGUUUCUAUAUCAUGUAUGACUAUUUGUAAUAUUGGAAUCGUUCAUCAUAUAUUUUCAGUUUCUACAAGUCAUAUUACUUUGAAAAAGAAAGAUGAAAUUUGGCUUCAUAUUGUCAUUAGAGAAACAGAUUCCACCACUUUAUAUCAUGCAAUACAAUAUUCCUCCAUUUUUGUCAGUUCAAUUUUUAUAUUUAAAACACUUUACAAGCCUUGUAUUUCAAUUUGAAAUUUGAACUGUGUAGAGUGAAAAAAAAAUGUAUUUUACUCGAUGCAGCAGGCCCAGAUUCAGAGGGGGCACACCCAGCAUGUGCCCCCUAUAAAAGAAAAAUGAUGUGAUAAAGGUAAAAUUCCAGCCAAUGAUCAAUUAUAAUUAAUAUUAACUCCAAACAGUGAUUGAAAUUAUUUACUAAACACUUGCAUAAAAAAAAAUUGCUGGCUUUUUUAGGAUUCAAAAAUCAUGUCAAGAUAAACUUCAAAAAUGAAUAAGGGAUUUAAAAUCUUUGAUACUUAUUUUUAGUUGCAGGAAGAUAAAUGUUACUAGUACCUAGUAGAACAGUUAAAUAGAUUUUAAAAUAAAACAGUAAUAGACUUUUUUUUCUCGCUAUUUUGGAACCGGUGUCACUUGAACUUUUGAUGUCAUGCAACAAUUUUUUUUUGUGGUGUUAGACAUUUUCUCUUGUGACAUCAAAAUAGUACGGGAACUACUGUGAUAUCUAGUAAUGGCGGACAAAUAGCAAUAAGGUGUAUACUCAGAUUUUAUAAUUAGGUAAAUUCAGUAUCAUACAAUUUCUUUGAUAUCAAUUAAACCAGUUGGGUCUGUUUGAGGUUAAUAAUAUUGAGUAGAUCAGGGUCAUCUGUAAGGGAAAUGUUUGAUAAAUAAUGUAUUUACUUCAGAGAAAGAAUAUGGAAAGUUUAAGUGCUUAGAUUAGGAGCAAGCUGUUAUUACAAACACUUCAUGUCCACACAUAAUGUUUUUUAUGUUUAUGUAUUUCUUUAAUCAUGUUUGUGUAAAUUUUAUUUUUUUUAUAUGCUUUUGUUAUUGCUUGUGUUUAUGUGUAGUUUUAGUAUAGUCAUGAUCAGUGUCCCUGUUGGGUUUAAGAUUUCUUAGAUCAUUAUACAUUUAAGUCCAGAUACAUAUUAUUGGUCUUUUAACUUUUUACAAUAUUGGUUUUACCUGUGUGUGUGUAUUUUUCAUUUCUAAUGAUUUUUUGGGUCUAAAUAAGAUUAAUACACCUAUUAUUAGUUUACAUGCAGGAUUUAAACAUUUUCAUCACCAUUUCUUUUAGAAACAAGGUGCAAAUUUAAAAGCAGUGAAACAUGUUUUUCCCUUUAAUAUUUCAAUUUAACCAAAUUUAAGACAUGCUGAUUACAGUAACCAAUGCAAAUGAUAUGAUUCCCAUGUUUUAACAAGGGAAAUUUGUAUUGUUACAUUUCCUGUAGCAAAAUUCCACUUAUAUGCUUUUAUCACAAAAGGCAGAUGAAAUUUAAUGAUGAAAUACUCAGCUAUCAAAUUUCUUGAUUCCACAGUUUUACAUUCUUUCUAUACCAUGUAAUCUAAUAAAAUACUUGGAAACAAAAACAAGCUUCACACUUGAGUUUGUCAAUAUUGGGCCUUAUUUUGAGCAUGUUGAGUAUUACCAAAUAUUACAAUGAUAUUUUCUAAGCACAAGGAGAAGUUAAGUUUUGGCUAUGCAAUUGGCCUUCUAAAUUUGGAAAAAAAAAAGUUAAAAAAAAAAUACCUCUUUUAUUUUGUUUCAUAAAUUUAAAAUCCUUGUAUUUGCUUUUCAAGAAAUGGUAUUUUUACAGACUGAUUAUUUUGGACUAUACUUUGGUGUCAUGUUGUAUGAGGGUCAUGCCUGUGCUUUAAUUUUUCUUGCCAAUUAUUCUCUAUUUUUUAUAUGUUAGCACCCCAUUAUUCUCUAUUUUUAUUUGUAUGGCUCAUUAUUCUGUAAACCUCUUUUAUGAUGUCCUUGUGAAAUCAUUAGAAUUAUAAAGAAAAUAGCAGUGAGUAGCAACAAUUGUGCUGAAUCAUUGACUAAGAUAAAACCUUCUUCAGAAAUAUGGUUUGAGAUAAAUGCACAGAUAAAUUAUUUUAUUUGUCAAUUUACAAAUUUAAGGAGAUCAGAUGCUUUCAAAAUAUGAUAAUUUUUGACUAGAUAUGAUUAUAUCCCUAUCAUUUUGAAUUAUACUUAAAGUAAAUGGAAUCAUACAUUGUUCUGGGUAAUGUUAUCAUUGAUUUUCUGUUAUGGAAGUUUUAUACAUGCUAGUAUUGUAGAAGUAAUAAAAUAAGAAUAGUGAA